GUCAUUUUAUUAAUGGGAGUAUUAUAUUGUAAGUAUUUUAUAGUAAUAGAUCUCUGUCACCACCACGUCUGAAUACAUCAAAUUUAUAAGCAAUAUUAAUAUUAUCAUUUCAAAGAAUGGAUGAGGGUUUCCAUUGACCGCUCGACUUGGCGUUGUAUUGCCUUAGCUUUAUCCUACUACUACUUCAGACCUUCCACCUUCGCCGCCACCGCCGCCGCCGCGUCGUCGCUACUUCCUCCGUCGCCGGCGGGAAGGACUCGGCUGUUUAAUCUUACACGUAGCUUUUCUGCUUCAACGCCACCGAUGGGUUCUCAGCCGGAGGGAUUGGAUUGGCCGGCGAACAAGAUCCGGCAGACGUUCAUGAACUUCUUCCAAGGGAAAGGUCAUGAAGAAGUUGCAACUGGAGCUCGUCCGUACUCUGGCAAAGUUGGAUCUGAUGAUGUGGACAAAAUUGAUAUUGCCUAUAGGGUUGUUGCUGACCACAUUCGAACUCUGUCUUUUGCCAUUGCUGAUGGUUCUUGUCCAGGGAAUGAAGGCCGUGAAUAUGUCCUCAGACGCAUUCUACGUCGAGCAGUACGCUAUGGUACAGAGGUUCUGAAAGCAAAACAAGGGUUUUUCAGUAGCCUUGUAAAGGUGGUGGUAGAAGUUAUGGGCGACGUCUUCCCAGAGCUGAAGCAACGUGAGACACAUAUAAGGGACAUCAUUGCCGAGGAAGAAACUAGCUUUGGAAGGACAUUGCUUCAUGGAAUUGAGAAAUUUAAGAAGGCAGCUCAGGAAGUUCAAGGGAAACAAUUUUGUGGCCAGGAGGCAUUUGUCUUGUGGGACACUUAUGGAUUUCCAUUAGAUUUGACCCAGAUAAUGGCAGAGGAACGAGGCUUGGUGGUUGAUGUUGAUGGUUUUAAUGUUGCUAUGGAUGCUGCCAGGGAAAGAUCAAGAAAUGCGCAGAGCAAGAAUGCUGGUGGUGCUAUUACCAUGGAUGCUGACGCUACUUCUGCAUUGCACAAGAAAGGGGUCGCUGCAACAAAUGAUAUUUUCAAGUUUACUUGGUUCCAGGAUCAUGAGAGUGAGAUAAAAGCUAUUUACACUGGAAGUGACUUCUUGGAAAACGCAGCUCCUGGGGAUGAAGUUGGUAUUAUUCUUGAGAGUACCAGUUUCUAUGCUGAACAAGGUGGUCAGAUAUACGACACUGGUUUACUGGAAAGCCCCAGUGGAUCGUUUCAAGUUUGUGAUGUUCAAAUUUAUGGAGGAUUCAUUCUUCAUAUUGGAUCUUUCAGUGGACAGGCGCACAAGUUCUCGGUUGGUGAUAAAGUGAUUUGUAAGGUUGACUAUGAUAGGCGUACAUUGAUUGCUCCCAAUCAUACGUGCACUCACAUGUUAAAUUUUGCCUUAAAGGAAGUACUAGGCGACCAUGUUGACCAGAAAGGUUCCAUUGUUCUUCCUGAAAAAUUGAGAUUUGACUUCUCUCACGGGAAACCAGUAAAGCCAGAGGAGCUAAGAAAAAUUGAAUCCAUUGUCAAUGAGCAAAUUAAGGCUGAAUUGGAUGUAUUCUCAAAGGAGGCAAAACUGUCUGAUGCAAAGAGUAUAAAAGGUCUCCGAGCUGUCUUUGGCGAAGUGUACCCGGACCCUGUGCGGAUUGUGUCAAUUGGUCAGAAGGUGGAGGACCUUCUUGCUAAUCCAGAAAAUGAAGAGUGGUUAUCGUACUCUGCUGAGCUCUGUGGUGGAACACACAUUUCUAAUACAAGAGAGGCUAAGGCAUUUGCUCUGAUGUCUGAGGAGGGAAUUGCCAAGGGAAUCCGAAGGGUUACUGCUGUUACAACUAAUUGUGCUUUUGAAGCCACAAAAUUGGCAUCCUCAUUCGAACAAAAAGUAAAUGAAGCAUUUCAGACCGAUGAAAGCUUGCUGGAAGAGAAAGUAACUUCUUUGAACUCUGCUGUGGAGAGGGCACAAAUUCCCACUGUCAUGAAAACUGAUCUCAAGGCCAAACUCUCUGUUCUCCAGAAUCAAGUUAUUAAGGCCAAAAAGAAGAUAGCUGCAGAGAAUAUUCAAAAAGCCGUUAAAGCUGCCUCAGAAAUGGCUGAAGCUGCAGCUUCUGGUGGAAAAUCAUACUGCAUCUUGCAGAUUGACGUGGGCUCGGACACUGGUGCAGUCCGUGAAGCAGUUGUCAAAGUUAUGGAGCAGAAGGGUAUGGCAGUUCUGAUAUUUAGCAAAGAUGAAGCUGCGAACAAAGUUUUGGUCUGUGCUGGUGUACCUGAGAAAGGUGACAAGUGCCAGCAGUUGAAUGUUAAAGACUGGUUGAAUGCAGCUUUAAAGCCCUUGGGAGGCAAGGGCGGCGGAGGAAAAGGUGGUCUCGCCCAAGGCCAGGCUACUGAUAUAGCAAAAGUCGAUGAGGCAAUGGAUGUUGCAUCAUCAUUUGCAGCUAUGAAAUUAAAUUGAUGAGCAAGGACAGUAUGCCAAUGCAGUGGUGUUCCAUGGUUGAAGCUGGUGCAGCUAUUCUCAAGAGAUAUAACUUAUACAACCGGAUCAUUUAUGUUGCUUUCUGUCAGCUACCUUAAUUAACACGCAGAAAGUUAAGGAAAAUUAGAGAAGAUUAUUAUUGAUGGCACUUGCUUAUUGCAUACUGUAUCCUGCAUACUUGUUAUACACAAAAGAGAAUGAUGAAAGUAGAAAGAUUUUCCAGUGCUGUGAA